UGUCAAUGAACUGACCGUGAAAGUUAUAAAUGUUGAAGAAAACACAUUGACACAUAGUAUGAAGUACAUCACUAACUAUGACUUCACAUGGAGCAAACAUGAACUUGAAUUUACAAGGAUGACCUAUUUGUUCCAUCUUCAGCUGGAGGCCAAGAUAUUGGCCCUCAAUGCUUCCUAUCAAGCUUUCACUGCUUUGGACGACUUGAAGUUGACACCCGGCAAGUGCUAUCAUUCCGGGACCACCGAGCAGCCCCCCACCGGCACCCCACCACCCGAGACACAGCUGACGUGCACCUUUGAAGACAGCACGCUGUGUGGCUGGGCCCAGGCUCUGGGAGACCCCAGGGACUGGGUGCUGGCCAAUGGCAUGAGCGUGGACCCCAACUAUGGACCAUUAGUGGACCACACCACACAUCUCUCUGAAGGCCACUUCAUCUACCUGCAGUCAUUAGGGUCUGCAGGACUCGCCGACUUGUUGUCCGAGACACUGAUAGACAGUGCAGCCGGCCACUGCUUCUCCUUUGCCUACUACAUGCACGGCUCGGCCCCGCCAUUCCUCAAGAUUUACAUCACUAAAGCAUCUGAGCGGCCAGGGCCCUCCACCCUGGCCAACUGGCAGCGCUUUGAGGAGGUGGGGGAGACGUGGCAGCAAGUUCGUCUGUUUGUGCCGUGGCAAAACUUUAGCCAGCGGGUGGUGGUGCGUGGGGAGGCGCAGGACAGCACCAAUGACUUGGGCCACACUGCCAUUGAUGAUUUCCGUUUGACUGAAGGCUCUUGUCAAAAUCCUGAAGAGAUUUGGUGUGAUUUUGAGACCUCUGAUCUCUGUGAAUGGGUGAGUGUCUCUGAGAGUGGAGCCAAAUGGAUCUGGAACACCGGCCAGAACCCUGAGCUGCUCAACGCUCCGGUCACUGAUCACACCUAUGGCACUUCCUAUGGGCACUACACCAGCUUCCAGCACUCUUCCAGCAACAAGGAGAUGGAGGCCUACCUUCUGAGUCCUGCCCACCAUGGGACUGGAGACACAUGUUUCCAGUUCUAUUAUUACAUGCAAGGGCAGACAAACUGGACUGGCCAGCUUUCCUUGUACCAUACGACCCCAUCAGCAGGCUUGGAUGGCCUCAUCCUCUUGUGGCAAAUGCAAGGGCCUAAGGGAGACUACUGGAACCUGGGCCAGAAACCAAGAUACGUUCUUGGGGACUAUGAGCUGGCCUUUGGGGCGCUGGAGGGCGAGGAAGGCGGCAACAGCAUCAUAGCGCUGGACGACGUGGUGAUGCUCAACAGAACUUGCCCCAAGAUUGCCACGUGUUCCUUUGAGGACGGCUUCUGUGACUGGACCAACACCAAGGAUGGGGACAGCACAGAGUGGGUCAUGAACCAAGGCUCCACGCCCACCGAAGGCACCGGCCCUAAAUACGACCACACCCUGGGCACGGCUUUAGGGCAUUACAUCUACAUGGACGCAGCAGCAGCGCCUUCAGAGACGUCCAGCGCCGUGCUGGAGUCCCCAGUCAUCCCAGCAGCCGCGUACUGCUUUGAGCUGUACUGCUACAUGUACGGUGAUGAUGUUGGGGGUUUUGCGGUUCAGAUGAAGAAGAAUGGUUCCGUGACGACCCUGUAUCAGAAGCACGACAGCCGAGAAGAGUGGAUACUGAUUAAACUUUCCAUUUACGAGAGUGACGCGUUCACACUCCUGCUCAAGGCUCAGCGCGGGACAGGCCCCAAGGGAGACAUUGCCGUGGAUGAUGUUUGGAUGGAUGCAAACACCUGUAGCUCCAACCCAAAUAAGUUUUAUUGCUACAAUGGCACUGAGAUUCCUGCAGAAAAAGAGUGUGACUUUGUGGGAGACUGCCCGGACAGUGAGGAUGAGAGGAGCUGCGGAGACUGCAAUUUCCAGUUUAGUACAUGUGGCUGGACGUUACAAGAGGGCAAUGAUUUAGUGUGGAGGCAGGGGCAUAACAUGAGUGAUGGCUCGGGUGGCUUCGUCGUGGACCACACCUAUGGCACUGCAGCGGGGGACUUCCUCUACACAGCCCAGGAACCCAGUGAAUCAUCAGGCCCGGCUGUCAUGAUCACCAAGACUCUUCACAAUUCCUUCCUAGAAUGCACCAUGGAAUUCUGGUACCGUGAGCACAGCAGGAGUUUCAUUGACACACACGCGAGGCUGACGGUCAGCGUGGUGCAGGACGGCCAGGUGUCUCCCGUCUACUACCUGAUUGAUGCCGGACAUUACGAUUGGCAGAAGGCCAGCGCCAGAAUAAUGGACUGGAGGGAAGAGUUCAGCGUGCAGGUUGAGGGUGAGAACACUGGCGUGCCUUCCGACCUGACCCUGGAUGACAUCACCUUCCUAGACUGUGGCCCGCCCUCUGUAUCGGGGGAGUGUCCGCUCUACCACAUCAUUUGCCCAGACACCAAGAUCUGCAUUCCUCCUGAUUUUAUUUGUGACAACACCAACGACUGUGGCAACCUGUAUGAUGAAAGCAGCUGUGGAGGCUACCUGCCCAUAUGCACCUUUGAGGAGGGUAUGGAGUGCGACUGGACGCAGGAUAGUGUGGAAGAUGAUAUUGACUGGCAGUUUGGGCAAAGCAGCACAGCCAGUGGGGGCACCAGCCAUCUGACGGGGCCGCCAACAGACCACAGCACGCGCCUCACCACAGGCCACUACCUCUACGUCACCAACCCCACACAGAGAGCCCAGGAAGAAAAGCAGAGCAAGGAGACAUACAAGGCCUGGUUUGUCAGCCCAACAUUGCUGCAUGACCCUGACUCUUACUUCCCAUGUCAACUUCGUUUCCACUACUACAUGUACGGGAAGAAUGUCGAGGAACUCAACGUUUACGUCAGGACAGAGAUUUACGGGGAAAAAACACUUUCCUUCAGCAGGACAGGAAACCAAGGCCAGUUCUGGGACCGCUCUGUUGUGACCAACUCCAAGGAGGUGUACUUCCAGUUCAUCAUAGAGGGAGUCACCAGCAUUUCUGACCUUGCAGACAUUGCCAUUGAUGACAUAUCCUUCACCGAGAGCUGCCUAAUGGUCAACGCCUCCCUUCCGGACGGCAACACUUACACUCCUCGGCCCAGCCCGUGUGCAGACGAUGAAUUUUACUGUGAUGUUAUGUUUGACUGCAUUCCAGAGUCACAAAGGUGUGACUGGAAGAAGGACUGUCCAAACAAUGCCGACGAGGACUACUGCGGCGAGUGCAACUUUGAGUACAACAUGUGUGACUGGUACGACGCAAGUGCCGGGAUGUACAACUGGGGGCGGAUCAGUGCCAGUGACUCCAGCCGCUACACCCACCCAAACGUGGACCACACCUACCACUCCCCCGAUGGCCACUACAUGUAUGUGGAGGGAGGAGUUGGCAUUGAGGGCACAACAGCUGUCUUCAACAGUCCACAGCUUGUUCAUGGCUCUGGGUAUUACUGUGAACUCCACUUUUGGCUUUAUUUGGGAAAUGCCUCAGACUCUCAAUUAGAACUGUACACUUAUCAUGAAGGAUAUGAAGAGGAGCUGUUGUAUACCUUGGGCGACUCUGGCGUGCAAGAAAAGGAAUGGUUUAAAGUAAUAGCCCCUGCCAGACUAGUCCCAUCAACCUUCUACUUUUCGUUCAGGGCCACACCAGCCUUUAGUACAGCCCCAGACUGGGAGAAGUCACACUCGGUCCUUGCCAUGGAUGACAUCAGUUUCUUUAACAGUAACGAAGGGCUGUUAAGUCUCGGCUGCGAUUUUGAUGACGAGGGUUUAUGCACCUGGCGGCAAGAUGAAAGUGAUCAGCAGGACUGGGGGAAGAAGGGAGCACUGAACAGCUCUCUGGCUGACCACACAUCAGGGGAAGGCUACUAUGUGUCCAUUGACUUCACUCUGUCACUGGCCAAGCCAAACGAUAAAGCGAGACUCAUAAGCACAGUGCAGUCUGAGCCAGUCACCUACACAAAUGUUCUGACUCUCUGGUACUACUUCUUUGGGGAAAAUGUUGGAACUUUCAGAAUAUUUAUUAUAAAGGAAACCAGUAAGGAAACUUUAACUCUUUUUGAAGGGAGCACGAGCCAGGAAGACAGGUGGCUGCAGUUCCACGAGCCCUUGUCGGUGGAUGAUGACUUCACGGUGGUUCUGGAAGGUGAAUGGGGGGAAGUGGGGCUUGGAUUACUGGCCGUGGAUGAUGUACAGAUGACGGCCAAGCUGCACGAAUCGGUCUGUGAUUUUGAGUUUGACUUCUGCCAGUGGACACCAAGCAAUGGGAGUGAAGGAGUCUGGACCAGAGGACAAGGAGACCAAAACCUCACUGCCACACCUCCUGUAGACCACACUCAAAACACCGGGGCUGGUUAUUACGCCUACCUCAAGGCUGGGGGAGAGGGCCACAUGGGCUAUCUCACUUCACCUGUUUACAAGUCAGUUGGCGCACAGUGCCUCAGAUUCUGGUACCACAUGCUGGGGGACCAUGUUGGCCUCCUCCAGGUGGAAAUGGAUAUCGAAGAUUACGGGUUCAUUACAAUUUGGAGCCACUCUGAGAACACCUUUGAGAUGUGGUUCCAGGGCAUGGUGACACUACAAGACCGCCAGGAAUACAGUGUAAGAUUCUUGGGCUCAUCAGGAUCAAACAACUUGAGUGUGGUUGCCCUCGAUGAUGUGACGUUUGUGCCCGACAAGUGUCCUCGACUCUACGUGUGUGACUUUGAGUAUGACAUGUGUGAAUGGCUCAACUCAGAUGAAGAUGAGUUUGACUGGGUGCGGUCCUCUGGCGCAGAAGGAGGAGGCAUUCUUGCGGAUCACACCAUUGACUACGAGACGGGCCACUACCUGGUGACACAGCUGGAAAACAAAAAGAAAGGUGACUGUGCCCAGCUGUUUGGACCUGUGGUAUCGUCCAGGUAUAAAUGCAUGACUUUCUGGUAUUCAAUGCAGCAUAUUGCUAAUGCCACUCUCAUAGUUAAGGUGCUGGAGGACGAGGCCAUUCCGUUAGUGGAGCUUCACAACUCCUCCCUCCUUUACCAGUGGGAGGAAGUGUCCAUGACCCCCGACGUGCUGGUUGACAACUAUGAAAUCAUGAUUGAACUGCUUGUAAAUGAAGACAUUACAUUCUCAGAGUAUUAUACCAUAGCAAUUGAUGAUACUGCUUUCACAGAAGACUGCAGUGUCCACACACUGCCACCUUACACUACUCCACUUCCCACACAUCUGCCCUCCAGUUUUGACUGUGACUUUGAGCAAGAUGAGAGUGAAACUUGUGGCUGGAUCCAAGAUACCGAGGAUGGCACAGACUGGGAGCGCUGGCAGGGCUCAACACCAACCCUUGAGACGGGGCCCCAGGCUGACCACACCCUGCUCACCAGUGAUGGGCACUACAUCUACAGUGGUACCAGCAUGGUGCACAAUGAGACAACAGCUGCAUUAAAGAGUCCAGCUGUAGAUAUUGGCUUCAAAGGGGGAUGCUUAACAUUCUGGUACCACAUGCAUGGCUUUGACGUGGGUCUGCUGCAGGUGAUGUCUCAGAAGGUGGGCAGCACCAUGAAGGACCUGGUCUGGCAGCGCCUCGGCGAGCAGGGAGAUGGCUGGCUGCAGACCAAGGUCCACUUUACAGCAGAGGGAUUACAGUCCAUGGUGAUACAGUCCACACUCAAGGCUGCUGGGGCUGGAGACAUAGCCAUUGAUGACAUCACCUUUGAUUAUGGAAACUGCCACAGUGGAAGUGUGUGUGACUUUGAAUUAGAGAAUAUUUGCAAUUUUGAGCAAUCCCUUGAAGACGACUUGAACUAGAAACUUGU